CAAUACAGUUUGUUUUCCAUCAAAUCUUGUACGGUUCGAGGAAAAUUAAUAGUUCAUGUCAAUUGUCCUUGAAUAUAUGAGCUAGCUAAAUUAUUGACCAAUUUUCCUCCAUCAUUUCACUCUCUAACUCAAACUCAUCAAAAAUGGCAGAACAUUCAUCAUAUCCUUGUUACCAUAAAACUGCCAAAUUCUUCUAAUUAUAGACUAUGGAAAGCACAAAUGCUAUGACUUCUUGAAAUUCAAGAAUUGGUAAUUGGUUUCAUUGAUGGAACUUUAAUUCAAAUAAUUGUUAGACUAGAAGUGGAAAAUAAGUGAUAAUAGGCUUGUUAAAGGUUUGAUUUUUGGACCUUUGGCUGAAUAAAUGCUGAAGUAUGUGGUGGAGAAAGCUAGUGCUAGAGAUGUUUCCUUGGAAUUGGAGGAAAUUUGCUGCCAUAAUUCCCUUGAUAAUUUUCAAGAAAGUAGCACAGAGCAACCAGUACAUGAAGAAACAAAGAGCAUAGAAUCAAAGGAAUACUACAAGUACUACUUGCCACUAUACAAUGCUUCACUAUGUGCUAACUGGGAAAAGGCAAAAACAUUCUUGACAAAAGACAAUGAAGCAAGUCAAGCACAUAUCACAUCCUUGUUACAAACAGCACUUCACAUUGCAAUCGGGUCAAAGAAGAACGACAACACCAAGUUUUUCAUUGAAAAUUUGGUGAAUUCAAUGACAAAUGAUGAUGCGUUAGCCAUAAAAGAUAGUUUCGGGGAAACACCUCUUCAUUAUGCUGCACGUUUUGGCUACUUAGAUGUCACGAAAAUUCUUGUUACCAGAAAUUCAAAUUUGCCACAUAUUGUGUCCAAUACUGGCCUUUAUCCAAUUCAUCUAGCUGUUGAAUAUGGUUACAAAUAUGUGGAUAUGGUUUAUUACUUCUUCAGUAUCACCAAAGAUUCUGCUGUUUAUGCUGGUCGAAGUGGUGCUAGGCUGCUACAUCGACUGAUAUGUUCGGACUUGUACGAUUUUGCUAGUCAAUUAGUAAAAAGUUCUCCUGAUUUGGCAAAAUAUAGUUCAAAUGGAUCAUCUCCUUUGGCGCUGCUGGCUACAAAGACAUUUGGUACAAGUCGUGUAAGAUCGAGCAAGCCACUAUCUUCGCCUGAAUGGAAACAGCAAAAUGCAAUUAAAUUAGCAGAAUGCCUUUGCGAAAAUCUACAAAGUUUAAGCAACAAAGAGAUCAACUCCAUUGUUGGUGGUCCUCUCCUCCAAGCCGCACGUUUCAACAAUUACAAGCUUGUUGAAAUUAUCGUGAAAAAUUUUCCUUCAUCGAUUUAUUAUUGCAACAAAAGGGGAAGGAAUAUACUUCACGUUGCAGUAGAAAAUCGAUGCACAAAUGUCUAUAACUUGGUUUGUCAAAUGAAUCAACAUAGGCAUCACCUCAUGACUUCAAUUGAUUCAUCUAACAAUACAGUGUUGCAUUUGGCUGGAAAAUUGACGGAUGAAACUGAACUAAAUUAUAACUUUGGGGCAGCACUUAAGAUGCAAGAAGAAUUGCGGUGGUUUGAGGCAGUGAAACAGAUGCUACCACCUUCUUACUACGAGCGUUCAAACAACAAGGGCAAAACUGCUCAUCAAGUAUUUAUAGAGCAACACUCAAACCUGAAAAUACAAGGAGAAAAAUGGAUGAAAAACACAGCAAGUCCAUGCGCAAUGAUAGCAGCACUCAUCGUCACCAUCGCAUGUGCUGCAUCAACUACAUUUCCAGGCAUCAAAAAGCGCGAAAAUGCGCUUCCAAAUUCCUACAAAAAUGGAUUCUUCUUCGCGUUUGCCUUUUCCAACACAGUAUCACUCUCCACUUCCUGCAUUUCCUUGUUCUCGUUCAUUUCUCUUUUGACUGCUCGUUACGCAGAAGAAGAUUUUCUCCAUGUGUUCCCAAAGCGCCUAUUAUGCGGACUUCUCACGUUGUAUGCCUCCGUAGAAGCAAUGAUGUUGAGCUUUGGUUGUGCUUUGUAUUUUCUGUUGGACAAUGAAAUGGUGUUCUGCGUGGCGUUUAUAAUAGCUGUAUUGCCUAUCUUAGCGUUUCAACAUUGGCGAGGUCCGCUUAUUAAUCAUCUGGUUUUUGUGAUCAAGAGAAAAAAGACGAUGCUCUGAAGGCAUAUGAUGAUGUAUAUAUGUAUGUAGCUUUCUGAAUGGCUUUUUUUUUUUUAUUUCCCAUCCAGUGUUCGGUGUCCGCAUUGGAGCUUUGACUAAUUCGGAUCGCGCGUUGCAGGGCCCAUUAAGGUGGCAGCGCUCCCAACAGAGUUUUCUCCAUGCCCAAGGUCGAACCCUCGACCUCUGAUUAAGGGUGGAGCAGCCUCAUCCACUGUACCACAACCUAUGUUGGUAGCUUUCUGAAUGUUAUUACAGAGUAUUAGUAUUAAUUUUUGUCCUGUGUUUUUAAAAUUUAAGCAUUGUAAUGUAACUUUAUAUUAUUUUGAUCGGUUGGUUACCUCUCGCCUUCCACCAGCAGAUGGAUCAUCAGAUACUAUUUAUAA